CCGCGCCGAGCCCACAUGGGUCUGUGCUACAGUCUGCGGCCGCUGCUCUUCGGGGGCCCGGAGGACGCCCCCCGCGCGGCCUCGGAAGCGCCCGUGGAGGGCGCGCAGCCCUGCCCAGCUCCGGCCCCGGCUCCGGCGGCCGGGCCCCUGCUCCCUCGGGGCGCCGGCGGGAGCCCGGCGUGCACGCGGCCCAAAGCCGACCCGAAGAAGGAGAGUCGGCGGCGUCCGGAGCAGCUGCGCGCCGAAGAGCGCGAGGCCGAGCGGGAGGCGCGGAAAGUGAGCAGGAGCAUCGACCGCAUGCUGCGCGAGCAGAAGCGGGACCUGCAGCAGACGCACCGGCUCCUGCUGCUGGGGGCUGGUGAAUCUGGGAAAAGCACUAUUGUCAAACAAAUGAGGAUCCUGCACGUCAAUGGAUUUAAUCCCGAGGAAAAGAAACAAAAAAUUCUGGACAUCCGGAAAAAUGUUAAAGAUGCUAUUGUGACAAUUGUUUCGGCGAUGAGUACUAUAAUACCUCCAGUUCCUCUGGCUAACCCCGAAAACCAAUUUCGAUCAGACUAUAUCAAGAGUAUAGCCCCUAUUACUGACUUUGAAUAUUCCCAGGAAUUCUUUGAUCAUGUGAAGAAACUUUGGGAUGAUGAAGGCGUGAAGGCGUGCUUUGAGAGGUCAAAUGAAUACCAGCUGAUCGACUGCGCACAAUACUUCCUGGAAAGAAUCGACAGCGUCAGUUUGGUGGACUACACACCCACAGACCAGGACCUUCUCAGAUGCAGAGUUCUGACAUCAGGGAUUUUUGAGACACGAUUCCAAGUGGACAAAGUAAACUUUCACAUGUUUGAUGUCGGUGGCCAGAGGGACGAGAGAAGAAAAUGGAUCCAGUGCUUUAACGACGUCACGGCUAUCAUCUACGUCGCGGCCUGCAGUAGCUACAACAUGGUGAUUCGGGAAGACAACAACACCAACAGGCUGAGAGAGUCCCUGGACCUUUUCGAGAGCAUCUGGAACAACAGGUGGUUACGGACCAUUUCUAUCAUCUUGUUCUUGAACAAACAGGAUAUGCUGGCAGAAAAAGUCUUGGCAGGGAAAUCAAAAAUUGAAGAUUAUUUCCCAGAGUAUGCAAAUUAUACUGUUCCUGAAGAUGCAACACCAGAUGCGGGAGAAGAUCCCAAAGUGACAAGAGCGAAGUUCUUUAUCCGGGAUCUGUUCUUGAGGAUCAGCACGGCGACAGGGGAUGGGAAACAUUACUGCUACCCACACUUCACCUGCGCUGUGGACACGGAGAACAUCCGCCGGGUGUUCAAUGACUGCCGCGACAUCAUCCAGAGGAUGCACCUCAAGCAGUACGAACUCUUGUGAGGCGGCCCCGGGGCUGGCCUUCUCAGGCCUCCCCAGCCGCCUCUCCUCUCUCGGCCACCGGACCAGGUGGAGCAUUUAUUCCAGAACUGCCUGUCAGACCCAAGCCAUGGUAGAAAGUAGUGAGUUCCCAGUUUCCUCCAGCUGCCAUGUGUCCUGCUCUGUGUUGGCUCCGUGUGUGUCCACCAAGCCUCUGGCUACCUCUGUCCCCCUCAGGUUUGGUUUGUAGCUUUUGUUUUCAUUGAACACGGCCUUCCACGGCCUCCCCAGCUCCACCAACUUGUGUCACUGCAAACCGUCCAUUCUCCCAAGGGAGAAAUCUCUCUGGGUGGGGGCCCCUUUUAUUCAUCCAUUCAGUGAUUUAUUGAUUCAUCAAGAACUUGAUAGAUGGGGGAGAAACGCAUUUUUCUGAGUGACCAAGCGUGAUUGUGGAGGCUUAUGUAUGAUGUGGUGGGCCACACGCUUUCCAGUUUUGGCUUUAAACUGCAGGUGGCUGCCCCUUCUGAUCUGUGUUGGCCCAAGACUUGAGUAGACCCCAAGCCUCAGAGUGGAGGGAAACCCUUUCUCAGUCAUAUUUAGAGUCACUGCCAGCCUCAGGCACCUGAAUUAGACCUACUUUGAGCCUUUUACAUUUAGGCAGAAAACCUGCCACAUUCACUCCUGGGAAAUGUGUCCUGGCUAAAAAUGAUUCUCUAGACAUUCACGAUGCUUGAGCAAUAGUCUCCUUUCAUAUGUUCUUUUUGUUGUUUUAUUCGUGGUUUAUUAUACUGUACAGACCACAAAAUGUAAUAUUAUUUUGUAUAACUACUAAAGAAAAACCCUUGUAGAUCUUUGUGCCUUGAUUAUGGCUGUACCUGUAAAAGACAUGUGUUUUUAUUGUGCUAAACAGCUAAAUGUCACCAUUACCUGCUGCUUGCUCAGAAAAGGGGAAUGAAUGGUAUCUGUAGAAUUUAGGAUAUUUUAUCAGGUUGGUACUUUUAAAAAUGCUCCUUGAUAAAAUAUAUAUGUAUAUAUAAAUUAUACACAUUAAUUACAUCUUACAAACAAUGCUGUACCAACAUCAUAAGUUUCUUUCAGGGAACCAAGGAUAUUUUCUCCCUCCAGACAAUAGGUUUCUUGAUUCCUUUGCUAUUUAAAGCCUUUUCCAAGUUCCCUGAGUAGGACUAGGUCAACCAUUCCCUUGCUCAAAGCUUUGAACCACUUACUUGACCACAGAUUCGACUGUAAACAAAUAGCAAGAAAAAUACAAAAGGAUGUCAGUGUUUGCGUCUGGCCCAGGAGAACCAAAGGAUGGCAUCUUCAUCUGCCUUUUGAAGAAGAAACAUUACAAAACCUUUAUUUGAAAUAUAAAGUCAAAAUAUACAUUAUAAAACCUUUACUUGAAAAGCAAAGUAAAAAUAUAUGGCUAUUUCUCAAACUUGAAAGAUUUGCAAAUGCAGCCUCAAAAGUGCUGGUACAGUCCACUCUCUGGAGAGCAAGAAGCACCGGAGCAGUGAUGGUUCAUGUUCGAGCCACAGCCUCCGCUUCCAAGGUAGUUCUCUUAGGUCGAAAAUAAUCUGGAAAGAUGUCCAAAAUUAUAUUUCAACAAUACAACUCCAGAGAAGUGACAACCUAGCCUACAUUGCUUCAUGAAUUUCCUUUUACUCUUUUAUUUAAUAGUUUAAAGUUUACUCUAUAAAUCAGCAUUGUAUAAUCCUUUAUAAACUUAUCCACAUUUACUUCUCCAUGAAAGAAAGGAUAAGUUUAUAGACAAUGCAACAAACACAUAUUUUAUCUCAUUUUCACCAAAUUCCUGUUCCUCUCAUCCUUAACUGUUUCAUAGAACUCUCAGUUGAACUGAGACAAAGUGGAAAAUAUUUUCAGUUUCCAUUGCACUUUCAAAGUAAAACAUGAAGAAAAACUGGAGAUACACCCCCACACAUACACAAAAAAUGAAACUGUGUAUUGUUACGUGCAUUGUUACUCAACAACUCCCCUGUAACUAUACCUCCUAUUUAAAAGCUUAAUUAAAGAGGGAGCCAGACACUUAGAGAAAACACAAAAAGAAUACAUUUGAUCUGGCUUAAAAUUAUCAAGACAUAUUUACUUUUAAAUACCAAAAGCCACUU